CUAAACUUAAGCAACCACCUGAUCAUGAUUAUUCAUGUGCGAUAUUGUACGUGUUGAGUAUGUAAGAAAAAACAAACGUAUAACUGCGAUCCUAAUUUUAAUAUUGCGAUCCUAAUUAUAACAUGCUUGGCUUAUUCAGUUUGGUGCACCAGCUCAUGCUUUCUUCCCAAGAUAACCUAAUGUGGGAUGUGAGAUAGAGAGGGGGGUUGAAAAACGUCAUUAACUAAUCCCCAUACGACAGCUGAUGCAUCGGAAGCCCAGCCCCUCAUCUACCCUCACAGCUCGUGCCCGGGACUUGAUUACCCAUUCCGUCCAGGUACAGCGAAAGCCAGUGUCCUUAGAGCUCCGUACGAACCAGAUAUUCCAGUGUGUGUAUGUGUGGGCUUGCUUUCGCGACGGAUUAGGCUAUCGGAUUGGUUCGUUCCGAGCAACAUUAGCGCUAGUGUUGCCGCAGCUGCGGUUACAUCAAAGGCUUUGGCUUAGAUCGACCAGACCCAGUGGAACUCAGGAUUAACAGUCAUCUGCAACCUUCAUAUCGUUUUGGUAGUCGCUGUCCGUUGUAAACACAAAACGGAACAGGUGCAUCGUCACGUUACUUUGCAGGUUUGAAUUCGCCGGAACGAUGCGUUGAGGACGGGCUACAUGCAAUCGCCCAGUAGUCAUCUUCCGAGCCUGCAGUGAACUAAGGUUCGCCUGUGUUCGUCGACAUCGACAUUACACGCGUUUGGAGAACUCUUUUAGGGGGAUUGUGAAUAUCAACAACAAUGGCAACCCUUCUGCGUAAAAUUGGACUUAUUCGUCUGCACGACCGCGACACAGAGGACCCGAAGCAUCAUCAAGGCUCGUUGAAAGGGACUAAGGGCAACCAGAAAAAUAAUACGAAGCACUGUAACACCAGCAAUGAGACGAACAUCCUUAGUACCCCCGAAAUUAAAGCUAAGAAAUUUGAUCACUCCGUUAAGGACAAGCCGCCCGGUAAGGACAAACAGGGCAAGGACACUAAAGAGAAACAGCAAGAGAAACAGCAACAGCAACAGCAAAGUAGCAAGUCCAGUAGCUCGAUACCCCAGUUGGCGCCCCAAAGACAACACUGCACCCAGGUCCGGACGCGGAGAUUGAUGAAAGAACUGCAAGAGAUCCGACGACUGGGUGACAACUUUAUAACCGUGGAGCUGAUGGAUGAUAACCUCUUUGAAUGGAAUGUGAAGCUGCACCAGGUGGACAAGGACUCCGCGCUGUGGCAGGACAUGAAGGAGACGAACACUGAGUACAUACUGCUGAAUGUCACUUUCCCCGACAAUUUCCCCUUCUCGCCGCCUUUCAUGCGAGUGCUUACCCCGAGGUUGGAGAACGGCUACGUUCUCGAUGGAGGAGCUAUUUGCAUGGAGUUGUUAACCCCCCGAGGCUGGUCCAGUGCGUACACUGUCGAGGCCGUCAUGAGGCAGUUCGCUGCCAGUCUUGUGAAAGGACAGGGGCGGAUCUGCAGGAAAUCUGGCAAGUCCAAGAAGGCCUUUAGCCGCAAAGAGGCCGAGGCCACCUUUAAGAGCCUUGUGAAGACCCAUGAGAAAUAUGGCUGGGUGUCUCCCCCCGUGUCUGACGGCUGAGUGCACCUUUAACAUGGGGUGGGGACGUGGCCAACCGGUCACGUGGCUUUUUUGGUCCCUUUUUCCUUCUACUUCUACUUCUACUUCUUCUUCUUCUUCUUCUUCUACUACUACUUCUACUUGUUCCUCUAAUACUACCACUUGUCCUUUUCCCCCCCUCUCUCUCAUCAUCGAACUUUAUGGAAAAACAAAUAUGAGAAAAAAAAAAAACUACUGACAAACAGCUACCGUAUCAUACUGUACUCAGCACCACAAAUGGUAGAGCGCUUCAGACACACACACACACGCACACGCACACGCACACACACGUCUUCAUCUUCCUCCGACUGUUCACCCAGGAGCACAGUCCGAGCGCUUACUCAAGAGAGAGAGACUCACGGCACUCUCCGUCACUCAUGGACAAGACACGUGAGGGGGAGGGGGGAGGGGGGGGGGGGGUGUACGCCGCGGAUGGAGAGGUUACGUCAGCCUAUUUGGCCCCCCCCACUUUGCCCCCCACCCACCACCAACACCAGCACCAGUAUCCCUCUCCCCUGGCUUCUUACAUCAAAUGUAUGUUUCACAUCGGAACCCCCCGCCUUCUUUCCACAAGCUGUUGAGCGCACUGCUAAGUGACGUCAGACUCUUCUGCCAUUUACAUGCUAAUGACAUUGUUAAAUAUUUCAUUAUUGACGGGCAGAGCAGCAUGGAACAUGUCAGGCUCAUCUUCCCUUCUUCCCUCCCUCCCUCCCUCUCUCUUCCCCCCAUUCUUCUUUGGCUGUGUUGUGAUUCACAGUUCAAUGCAACAUGAAGAUUGUACUUAAUGUGGAGCUGUGCUCUUCUUUCUCUUUCUCUCUCUCUCUUUUAUUCUUUCAUUCGAUUCUCUCCUCUCUUCUCUCUCUCUCUCUCUUUUCUCUAUUGCGUGCGUGUGGCUAAAUUUAGACAUCACUGUGUUGCGUAGCUGGUCAUUGAUUUCUAAUGGAGAAAAAAAAAUCCCAUGCAUAUGCAGAGGUACUUUAAAGAGAAAAAAACAGAAUGGCUACUACUACUACAGAGUGAACUACUGUACGCUCUCUGUUCAUUAUAUCAUUUUAUGUGUGUGUGUUUGGAGGAGACCAAAAGCCUAUAAUUAUGAUGAUUUAGAUACCAGAUGGCCAGCAACGAAUGUCAGAGCCUCGGUUGGAUUUGAUGAGGGGAUGUGUGCCUGUCAUUGUGUGUGUGUGUGUGUGUGUGUGUGUGUGUGUGUGUGUGUGUGUGUGUGUGUGUGUGUGUGUGUGUGUGUGUGUGUGUGUGUGUGUGUGUGUAGGGUACACCGUGUAGUGGAAAGAAUCAACAGAGAUAUUAGUCGGGCUUGAUGGAGAUGUGCACAAGUGCUAACUAUCAUCACUCGUCUCCCAUGCGGUGGCUUGACCCUGUUAUUUGAUGGUGUCGUGGUGGCUUGCGAUGGAGUUGUCAGUGCCUGGGAAGAUUGGCUCUCACUCGCUGGCGCCGUGAUUGCGGCUAUUAUGAAGUGCUGGGCCCAGACAUAAUGCCUCCUCGUGACAGCCAAUCAGAAGCCCUCAGACAGCCCCUGGUAUUGUUUCCGAGCAUAUUGCUUCAAUUAAAACCUCUGCUACUGGCCUCCUAUCACAGAAGCCCAAUUUGGCAGUUUGUUCGGCAUUGUUGUCGAAUGAACCCUGCGCAUGUAUCUCACAUCAGCAACACACUAUCAAAGGCGUACGAAAACACUAAGAUGGCCAAAGCUGCAAUGUUUGCAUGUCUGCCAUGCUACGUUACAACAAGCUUUGAUUUAUCCUUGCUGUGUUAUGGCAUCUGACCUGGUAUCUUGGCAGAAGUAACUGCACACGACAGGGGAAGUGUCAAAGAGCCACAGCAGUAGACUUUGUCAUGUAUAAGUGACAUAGACCCAGUAGGGACAACCUGUUCCAGAGCGCAUACAUCAUAGACCAGCUAAAUAAUCCUGGCAAAAAUGAUGUUUUGAUAGCGUGGCAGGUGCAUACCAUCGCUGGGGUUGGGUUGGGCAUCAGAAGAUGGAAACGCUACUGGGAACAACAGCGAAAUCUAACGAGUGUUCAUCUGGUUUAAGACUGUGGUUGGUGCUGGACUUUAAUUUUCUUGAUUCUUUUUUUAGUCAGCUUCUUGAAAAUUGUUAACCCAAGACACCCAGCCAUUGGGUGUACCGUGGUGUCCCAAGUUACAUUAACAUCGACAACCCUUUUUUUGAAUGUACGCAUCGUACAUGCAUAGUAUCGAGUUGAAGUAUUUAUUUUUUAUGUCGUUAAAACUGAAAUGCACUGACUGGGACGUGACAAUUCAGGGAGCAGGGACAUUGGACCGUGCUGCUGAGAGAAAGAUGACAUGUAAUGGAGAUUAAUCAGAGUUGGGGCGUGGGGGGUAGCCCAAAUCCCACUGUCCACCAUCUCACAGCAUUGUAACAUCAAUUGUGAGGAGACUCGAGGUGUCUUGUCCAGUGCGUGCAUGUCUCUUUCUAUGCAAAGCAGUGCACAACCGAAAAGCCUCAAAGCAUGGGCUCCAUCAGUGCUGUUGGGACUUGAAAUGUCAUACCGGAAGCUGCUAAUUAAUGUGACAUUUUGAACAAAGAGAUUAGACACCGGAGGAAUAAUUUAAAACCUUCCUCCCGAUUUCACAUUAGUAUACGUCCCAUGCAGAGAGGUCAAGGAAGGACAGGAUUCUUGCGAUGAGAUUCUUUUUUUUUUUUUUUCUUUUUUUUUUUUUCAGUCGAGCUUUUGCCAAGCUUUUGUCGAUUUCACCCUCAGAAAGGGGAAAAGUAGAACAAAUCCGUUGGAGAGCUGAGAAUGAAGGGGUCGAUUCUUGUUCUCCUCCUAUGUGCGUCAUUCUUACACCCUGCCUCUACAUCCGACACUAAAAUAGCAUUACGUCCUGUACUUUGGCUGUACUUUAAUGACAUUUUGUAUCACAGCACUUGCCCCUUUUUUUUUAUGCCAAUUAUGUAACAAGUUGGAUGGCUCAGAACAGAUCUCAUACGUCAGGUCUGGUAUCAAAAAGGAGUGCUUUUGAUCUUCUCCAAUGUUCUUUUUUAGGCAGUCACUGAAAAAAAGUGGUUAUGUAUUCUUGGACGUAGCAAGAGAGCUCUGUGAAAAGUGGCUAAGUAUACUAUCUCAACAAUUGGGUGUUUGCCAGUUUAAAGAGCAUCAUUUUGUGAUCUAGUUUAGAUUGGUAGUUUACAUAAACUAACUAACUGAGUUAAUUGUCCAAAACAAGUGAGAUGAUUAUGUUGUAUUAUAUCUGCAUGUGGUCUGUGAUUGUUAGCUAGCUAUGUUUUUUUUCUUUCUAGAAAAGCAAGAAAAUCCCCAAAAAAAGAACUGAAUGUCCUUUUUUUUUCUUAUUGGUUCUUUUAUUUUUCAAGUUCUCAUGUCCAGAUUUUUUUUUUCUUAAACGUCCGAACAACGUCAAAUUGUGUUCUAUGAAUGUUUGUGUUUUAAUUUAUUUGUGGUUUGCCAAACUGAAGAUUUUGAAGCAUGUUGCAGGUAUUGUCACAGAUUAAAAAAGGUAAAAGAGAAAAACAAACUCAUUAAGAAUGAUAUGUACCUGAAUCAAGUGGAGUCGUGUGUGUAGCUAUCUCAGCCUCCAGGGGUUGUCGGGAAUAAACUAAGACUGAGCGUGGUUCAGUGCGCCACGCAAACAACAUUGCAGGUCAUAGUUGGAGCAGAACCAAACAGGAAUGUGCAAUAAAAGUUGUAGGCUUAUUCUACCCUACUGAA